AUGCAUUGCGUGCAGCGAAAAACCGCUAGCCGCAGGCAUCCCGUUGUUAUUCGCUUUCAUUUGCGAGGUUCAAGCUUAAUAGGCAAGGUACUUGUGGUAGUCCUCGCUGCGAGGACGGGAACGAGCGCGGCGGCGCGGCGCAGGGCGCGGGUCGAGGGCGCGGGGCGCGGGUCGCGGGGCGCGGGGCUCGGGGCGCGGGGCGCGGGGCUCGGGCCGCGGCAGUGGCGCGAGUGUGGUGACGCGAUGCGCUCGUUUGUGAGGGCGGCGACACUGGCGGCGCUGCUGGCGCUGGCGGCAGCCGCGGCGCGCCGCAGCGACCAGGACUUCGAGUUUGACGAUGACGCGGAGGCUGCGGCGGCGCCGGGAGGCGCGGGCCCGCACUGGCGCCGGCCGGCCGGAGCAGGACCUCGCCGCUACGUGUACGACCCGCACAACUCGCUGUGCCGCUCGCUGGUGUGUAAGAAGCGCGAGGUGUGCGUGCUGCGGGACUCCUUCACUGCGCUUUGUGCCACCAAGAAGGAUAUCUUACGGCGAGGUGACACGUUAGUGGCGGCGAGCAGCAGCGGGGCGGCGUGGGAGGAGGACGCGCGCGACGACACCGACGACGACGUCUUCUACGACACGGCGGCGCACGACACCGACGCCGAUCCGGACCUCGACGCAGACGAUGCCAAGCGAUGCGUGGGUUGCGGGGCGGGCGCGCGCGCGCAGUUCCUGUGCGGGUCGGACAACCGCACGUACUCGUCGCUGUGCCGCCUCGACCUGCACAACUGCGUGCGGCGCGCCGCGCGCCCCGUGCGCCUCGCCUGCCGCGGCUUCUGCCCGUGCGCGCCGCGCGCCCCCGCGCCCGAACCGCGCGCCCCCGGCGAUUCGCCCCGCGCCCCCGCCGCAGAGCCGCGCGCCCCCGCCGCCGUGCCUCGGGCUCCUCGGCGCCGCGCUCGCCUACGCUCGCGCCCGGACCACUACGACGACUGGCGACGACGAAAGUCUGAGUCUUCACACAAUGAAGUACUACCGGAGAGGCAGUCGAGGCGGCGCCUCGCACAAGGAUCCGAAGGCUGCGCACUGGACAAAAUGGCGAAUCGUCUUUUGGACUGGUUCUCAGUACUAAUGGACGAAGCGGGAGCGAGCGCGCCGCCGGUGGACGGGUUCCCGCGCGACUGCAAGCCCGAGGUGCGCUGGAUGUUCGCGCACCUGGACACGGACGGCGACGGCCUGCUGUCCGCCGCCAACCUGUACGCGCUGCGCCACGACGAGCGCGAGCGCUGCCUGCGCCCCUUCCUGGCGUCGUGCGGCGGCGCGGGCGCGGGCGUGGCGCGCGCGGCCUGGUGCGGCUGCCUGCGGCGCGCGGCGCGGCCGUGCCGGGCGCUGGCGCGGGCGCUGGCGGGGGCGGGCGCGGGGGGCGCGGGGGGCGCGGGGUACGUGCCGGCCUGCGACGCGCGCGGCUUCUACCGGCCGCGGCAGUGCCACGCCGCGCUCGCCGUGUGCUGGUGCGUGGACGCGCACGGCCAGGAGCUGCCCGGCUCGCGCACCAAGGGCGCGCCCGCCUGCCCCGGUGAAAAGUCGGAGAGCGUAGAGGGUGUGGAGAGCGCAGAGAACGAGGUCGCGGAGGGCGAGGAGGGCGCGGGGGCCGCCGGGGACGCGGAGGGCGCGCCGGCGGACGACGAGGACGGCGCGGGCAGCGGGGACGCGGAGCUGCACUUCUAA